AUGCUGUUUUCGCCACUUCGCGUCCUCACCCUGGCCCUGGCCGCGGCCGCCCCGCUGGUGGACGGUCGUGCUGCCGGCUCGCCUGGGUCAUCACUCCAGGCCCUUCUCCCCAGGCGCGUGCCAAGUAAGAAGUGGCCCGACGCAACCUGGGCCGCUGGCCCGGGCGACCCGCAGAAACAGGGAAACAAUAUCCGGGGUGCUGUGUUCACAGCCUUUUUUCCAGAUCUCCCCACGGGAUACAUCAGGUGCGGCCAGAGCUGGCAGACGGCCAACUUCGACGACAUGACGGCGCUCCUCACGCCGUGGCCGCUCGAGAGCGACCCCGAGUUCAGCACAAAGUUCACGUACCUGCCCCCAAGUUCGUGCACGCGGGUGGCGUGCUUCCGGACCUCGGGCGCCUACCUGUGCAACACGCUCAACCACACGCUCAUGCUCGAGACGGCCUUCAACCUGACCUGGGCGAUCAAGUCGUUCAAGCUCAUGCAGGCCCCGUCCGAGAGCACCCACCGGACCGACAUCCCGAGCGGGUGCUGCGACAACAUCGAGCGCAAUGUGUUUAAGCCGGGCUACUCGGGCGAGUGGCGGUCGACGGGACCCCUGGGCGUGCCGGGCUGGCUCGCCGUCCUCGGCUACGCCAACUGCAAUGACGACCGCAUGUCGCCCUACCCCGGCGGCGGGCCCGGCAAGUGGGACGGCGUCGGCAGCCCCUACAACGGCCGCUGUCACCAGCUGGAGCCCGGCAACUGGCCAAACACCGAGGGCGACACCCAGGGCGACUCUGGCUGCCGUUAUCCGGCCAAGGAGCCGCCCAUCGGCAGGGUGGGAGAUUGGGAGUGGUAG